AAAAAAUCCAAUGGUGGAAUGGAGCUGUGUACGAUUAGGAGUGAAGUGUAAAAUCUAUCUCAAUCCUUAUGUUUUUGGACAACAAUGACCCAUGAAAUGCGAGGAACAUAAACUACGCAUUUGACAUUAUUUGAUGAUAUUUAAAUUAUAGGUCUUCGUUCCCCAGAAAGACACAAAAGGGAUGGUGAAAUUUGGAUCUCUACAGAAGGAACUGAAAUCUAAGAUUCUGGGGGAAGGGGGAGCGUGAAUUAAGGGCAUCGUUAACCAAUAAAGGAACGUGGAAUAUCUGCUGAGGUAACGUUAAGAAAAGGCAAAAAGCUCAACAACCGGGAUAAGCAACGUUAUUAAGUUACAAACGAAGAAUUGAACUGAACGAAAUGGAACUGAGAGUGGGGAACCGAUACAGACUGGGCAGAAAAAUCGGAAGUGGUUCUUUCGGAGACAUUUAUUUGGGUACAGAUAUUUCAGUGGGAGAAGAGGUUGCCAUUAAGUUGGAAUGCGUGAAGACCAAACACCCCCAGCUCCACAUAGAGAGCAAGAUCUACAAGAUGAUGCAAGGAGGAGUGGGCAUUCCAACAAUAAAGUGGUGUGGAGCAGAAGGUGACUACAAUGUGAUGGUGAUGGAACUGCUGGGGCCCAGUCUGGAGGAUCUCUUCAACUUUUGCUCCCGCAAGUUCAGCCUCAAGACAGUCCUGCUGCUCGCUGAUCAGAUGAUCAGUCGCAUUGAGUACAUUCACUCCAAGAACUUCAUACACAGAGAUGUGAAGCCUGAUAACUUCCUAAUGGGGCUGGGCAAAAAGGGCAACCUGGUCUACAUUAUUGACUUUGGCCUGGCUAAAAAAUAUCGUGAUGCCCGCACACACCAGCACAUCCCCUACCGCGAGAACAAGAACUUGACUGGCACUGCACGCUACGCCUCAAUCAACACACACCUGGGGAUUGAACAGUCAAGGCGUGAUGACCUGGAGUCCUUGGGCUACGUUCUCAUGUAUUUCAAUCUGGGCUCGCUGCCUUGGCAGGGCCUCAAGGCUGCCACCAAGAGGCAAAAGUAUGAACGGAUCAGUGAGAAGAAAAUGUCCACACCCAUUGAGGUGCUUUGCAAGGGAUACCCAUCUGAAUUUGCAACUUACCUAAAUUUUUGUCGCUCCCUGCGCUUUGAUGACAAACCUGACUACUCGUACCUACGGCAGCUUUUCAGGAACCUGUUCCACAGACAAGGCUUCUCCUAUGACUAUGUAUUUGACUGGAACAUGCUCAAGUUUGGAGCUAACCGUGCAGCAGAGGAAGCAGAGAGAGAGCGCCGUGACCGGGAGGACAGGCUGAGACAUGGCAGGAACCCAGUAGCUAGAGGAGUACCAGCCGCAUCAGGACGACCACGAGGAGCCCAAGAUGGAGCCCCGCCCACCCCACUGACACCCACCUCACACACCGCUUCCCCUCGGCAAGCGUCUGGUAUGGAGCGUGAGCGGAAGGUCAGCAUGCGACUGCACCGUGGUGCCCCUGUCAAUGUUUCAUCCUCAGAUCUAACAGGACGGCAAGACACCUCCCGCAUGUCCACCUCACAGAAUAGCAUUCCCUACGAGCAUCACGCCAAGUAGACGCUCGCCACGUCCUUGUGUGACGGCGGCAACACUGGAUGGUGUCGGGUAUACCGCCUACUGGUCUCCAUCCUUUAGCUCCUCGAUGAGCCCCCACAAUGCAACCUGGCGGACCAAGCCCUGUUCACUCAGAUGCGAUCAGACAUACUAACCACCACCAUUAUUAAUCACUACUUCAACAGUUGCCAUUGAAAUCCAGCUUCAGACUCAAAUAGCUUUCUAACUGACUACUCUCAGUACUGUCACCUCCAUCAGAAUCUUGCGUACAUACACACACACACACACACACACGCACACACACACACACACACACACACACAUUCUUUCACCCUCUCUCCCACACACAUACACACACUCUCUUUCUAUUUCUCACUCUCUCUUACUCUUUCCCCUUUCUGUGUCCUGGUCUGACCUCCCAUAACAUGUAAAAGUGUUGGACCUCAGGACUGUUCUCUGUCCACUUUUUAAGGAGACAUUUGUACAUCCCACCUCACUGUUCCCACUCAACCAGAUUUCUUCCAUUUUUAAGCGUGAGAGAUACUGAAUGGAGAGUGUUUUUUCCAGGGCAAACAUGGCAACCCAGCAGUCUUUUCUUAGAACACUGCCUGACUGACACACCAGUUAAUGAAACUGGUUUUUCCCUUUUCUGGAGAAAACCUCGUCAUUGAUGACACUAUCACUGUCUGCUAAUUCAUGCCUUAUCAGUAAAACUGCUUUUCUCCCUUUUUUGCAGCAAGAUGUAUGAAGCUGCCACUGAUGGCCCUCUCCAGUAAUUCUAUAGUCAUUUGUAUUCAAUAAAAAGAAACGACUUCUUUGCAUGUUUUUAGAGGUGAGUCCCCAGAGUCAGGUGUGGAGGCUUGACUGUUAGCUGAACCUAUGAAAGUACCAAAAAUAUGCUUUGGUAUUUCAGAUGCAGGAGGUUGUGAAUUCACUGAUUAGUCAAACUGUUCUGUUGUUCACCUCUAGGCUCUGGUAUACUGUCCAAUGAGCCCUUUUCCCUUUCUAGUGUUGUACAAAAGAAGUGCACUUUAUAUAGGGGCAAGGGUGUCAUCUGACAUAUUUCACCAGAUGACUAUUUACUGUGUACAGAUUAACAGUUUUCUUAUUUGUUUUAUUUUGAAGCUGUGAAGAACUUGAAAUCUAGAUGUGUAAAUGUUUUUUUGUUGUUGUUUUUUCCCAAUGUCAUAUAGGGAAGGGUCUGAACAUAACUUCUAAGCUUGGUACAGGGGCCUAGCUGCAAGUUUAGGCUGCCACAAGUAGUAAUCUCCCAUCAGACUGCCCCCUAAGAGCCAUGGAGUUAUUACAGGAAGGCAGUUCUGUGCUCAUAGAUUUAUUGAAUAAGGAGGACAUUAUGUAUGACACGUUGCUAUCAUAGCUACUGCGGUGGGUAGAGAGGUUCAGUGAAUCAUCUAUCCGUGGUGUAAACUGUAGAGCCAUGGGCACUGAGAAUGUGUUCUUUAUGAAGCUUCUUUAAUAUUUGAAAUUAUAUUUUGUUGAGAGGAAAGGUUUACAACCUCCAACAACACUGUUUUGGGGUUGAACUCAACGUGUACAUGUCUUUAACAUCUGGCUGUGAUGCUCUGCCAUGUCUGUCAGAAUGAAAUGGUCUGUUGUAAUUAAUUGUUUCUGCUGCUCAUUCUCAUAAGUAGAUUGAUUUGAGUGAUUCUGACCUUAGGCCUCUUAAGUCAGCCAUCCUAAACCUAUUGAAUCAUGUAAGCAACCUAGUCAGCAAGAUUUACUUUUACUCACAUUUAUAUUUGCCACUGUAUUUGUGUACUUAAACUGUAAAUAAAUGAACUCCUUGUACUUUUUGUGCCAUGA